CUUAAAUCGAUAACAAACAAGUAUAUCUGCAACUGCGUUAUUGCAAAACAACAGCAUUCUAACCUGCGUUUGUAACUAGAAAAUGGCCGCCUACGCGCAUAACGAUGGCGCGCCGGACAUAUCGCAGGCUUUCCAAAACACCGUAUUAGUCAAGAACUGGUAUGAGGAUCGCUUCCAAUCACAAGUGGCGAGCGCGACAGGGCGGACACUACGUGAGCUGCCUACCCACGAGCGUGUCGUGCACAAGGCGGUGCCCCCUGGCCACCCCGGGCUAUUCCAGACCACGAAGCAGGCAGCGGAGGAGAAGCUUCUAACAACACCGCCCCCGGCAAAGGUUAAGAAGCCCAGCAUGUACACGGAAGCUAACGUGGCGGAGCGGCUUCAGACGUACGGCCUUGCGGACAACAUCCAUUACACCAUUGGCCCCAACGCCGCCACGGAGGCUUCCUGGGCUCCCGUGCACAACCUCACCACCACCAAUAAGGAGUUCUACGAGAUUAAGCCGGAGGCGGCGCGGGCGGCGGACCCAGACACCUUCCGCGCCUCAGGGCCAUCGCCAUUUGCCAAAACGGGCUUCUGUGCCAAGUCAGUCAAGGGCGAGGCGAGCGACGAGACCACUGUGGCGGGCGGCAAGGGCGCGCGUGGGGAGAUCACGCGGCGUCCAGGGGAGAGCGGCAACCCGUACGGCGUGUCUGUGUUUGUGGACGAGUACGGCAAGUGGGGCAGCGCCAUCCAGGGCAUGCCGCUCACGGAGACGCGUGCGCGCAUGCAGACCAAGUACUUCCCGUGAGAAGGCGGCUGGGCUGUUGUAUGAUAUGGCGCUGGGUGGCAUUGUGUGUUGGUCUUGGCGGCUGACGUUGUGCUGGUGGCGGCCUGGUGUAAGUCUGUAAGAAGAGCAGUUGCUAGCAGGGCAGAAUUGUAGGCUGAAAAGCUGGUCGGUCGAGGCUGAGGCAGGUCAUGCAGGUGUAUGUGUGUGCAGGUUUUGAGGGUACGUGCGGCAAUGUGAUAUGGGGCUGUCGUGGUGGCAAGUAAAUAGUAUUACUUAUGUUCUGGUGUGUUCUGGUGCAGCCCCCCUCCCAAAACUAACGCUAAAAACUAGGCAAUUCCGUGCCCCUGGAUGCCGUGGGUGAGAGCGUGGUUACUGCCCUUCUCGCCAGCGGCGGCGGCCCACCCUUGGAAGAUGCAAGCCCUGGGUGCACUCAAUUAAAUCAUAAUCGAUA